AUGAAAUUUCAAAAUUUUCAAGAAAAAUUUUUUUUAUUUUUUAUUUUUUUAAUUUCUAAAUUUUUAAAGAUUUCCUGUAACUAUUCAAGUAUGUUGGGAGGCAAAGUCCAGACAGCAGCUGCAUUACGUGUUCACGGUCCCCAACCUUCACUAAUCCAACCUCGCGGCAAAAUAGAAUUGGGAAAUCCUGUUUUGAUGCAAAUGGGCCCUGUACGUAGUGAAAGGCAAAGUGGGGAAGGGCCUUUAAUUCAAGCUAAAUUGGGGGAUAUUCUUGAAUUAAAAUGGGAAAUUAUGGCGAUGGAUGAAGAAUUGGACUUUUUAGUUCGUGAUUGUUUUGCAGAACCGGGAACUUCUGGAAAUCAAGGGGAAAGACUUCCUUUAAUUGAGAAUGGUUGUCCAACACCAGCAGUAGCACAAAAAUUAAUUCCAAAUCCAAUAAAAGCAAUUAAUUCUGCAGUUAAAUUAACUUAUUUACAAGCAUUCAGAUUUGACAGUUCUCCAGCUAUUAGAAUAACUUGUCAUUUAGAAUUAUGUAAAGAAAAUUGUAAAUCGGUUAAUUGUAAAUUUAAUGAUGGAAUUAAAGAAUCGUGGGGCAGAAAACGCCGUUUUGCUAUUGACAAUAAUAUUAAUAGGAAAAAUGAAGUUAAAGAAUUCGAAACUCGCCGUUUUGUCGUUCCCCGUUUUGCCCAGGCGACAACUUCCUUAGUUAUUGUAGACCCUUUACAACAACAAAAUUCUGUUAUAAAAACAGAACAACAACAACAACCAUUUAUUUCACAUUCCUCAAUAUCUAAACAAAUAUUUGAAAAUAAUAAAAAAGAAAAUAAUAAAAAUAUAACAAAAACAGCUAAAAAAUCUUCUUCUCUUUUUGAAGCUUUUACUGAGGCUGCUGGUGGAAGGAAAAAUAAUUUAGAAUUAACAACAACAAAUUCAGAACAACAACAACAACUUUGUUUACAUAAAUGGACACUUGGGGGUGUUUUUGGAACACUUUUAACAUUAAUUGUUGUUCAAAGUGGGGUUGUUGCUAAACAUUUAAUUAAUCGAUUUAUUGUUGAAAAAAGAAUUUAA